UACGACACAUGCACGACCACUUUUGGACCAAAACAUGUCGGAAAUAGUUGAGCCCAGUUUUGUUAAAAUUGCAGAAAAUCUGGAAGGUGCAGAAGGUCCUGUGUUUGACAAACAUGGAAGCUUUUACAUGGUUGCACCACUAGGAAGAGAUAACAGCGAGAAAAAGCCUGAAGGUGAUGUUUUGAAAGUGGACGUAGAAAGUGGAAAGGUAGAUAUUCUGUGUUCACCACAAGAUGGAGACAGAGGAGGGAUCCCUGCCGGCUGUCAGUGUGACCUUGACAACAACAUCUGGAUAGCUGAUAUGGCACUUGGUAUACUCAGGAUGGAUACAUCAGGAAAAUACCAACAGAUGUUUAAAGAGGACAGUUCAGGACGUACAAUGCAAGGUUGUAACGACUGUGCAUUUGACUAUGAUGGUAAUUUAUGGGUCACUGCACCGGCUGGGGAUAUAGCACCUGCAGAGCUUAAACGGUCAUUUGAGGAACCAUUUGGAUCAGUAUACUGCCUUACCAAAGAUCAGAAGCUUGUAAGAAUAGAAGGUAACUUAAGAUUUCCCAAUGGUAUAGCUGUUCUUCAUACAGAUGAUGGCAAGCCGAGCAAACUGAUUGUUGCAGAAACCCCUACUAAACUUCUGUGGCAGUAUGAUAUAAAAGGUCCUGGUGAAGUAGGGGAGAGAAGUAUCUGGGGAAAAUUGCCAGGUGACCAUGAAGGAGGGCCAGAUGGUAUGGAUUUUGAUGAACAUAACAACCUAAUUGUGGCAAACUGGGGUGGUGGCCAUCUUGAAGUAUUUUGCUCAACUGGAGGUGAUCCUGUGACAAGGAUCAAAUGUCCUUUUGAUAAACCUAGUAAUGUUCAUUUCAAGCCAGGUUCUAGUACUGUGUUUGUGACAGAGCACCAAUUUAACGGGCUGUGGAAGUUUGAGUGGAAACACAAAGGCAAGAAACAAUACUGUGAAACCAAAUAAUGACAACCAUAUUAGUAUUUACAUGAUUAUUAUAUUAUUUAGAAUAGGUUGUAGAUUUUAUUAUAAUAUCAAAAUAAGACUGUGAUUUUACUGUGAUUCAUUGUGUUCAUUCUGAAAUAGUGUUAUUUAAUCAAUAUUUCAUUAUAUGCUUUUCAUUUCUGUGUAAUAUUAAUCACAAUGUCACAUAUAUAUGAGGGUUGCUCCAGAUGUCACUGCAACCAUAAAAAUCAUAUAUAUUGUAAAAGAAAAACAAUAAUUCUAACCAAAAUACCUUUAUCUACUUACAGUAUUUCCCCAGAAUUUUAUCAAAUUGUAUUGCAUACUUUUGGAGAUAUCAACAUUAAGUGGAAAUCAUGUAAAUGGCAAAUGCCGCAUUACACAGAUGUUACUUAUGACAGAAAUAAAAAAAACAUGUCACAAAGCAGUAACAUGACAUUGUGUUUACGCCAUGUUCCAUAUGUAAUGUUACUAAAACAGAGAUGUUACAUCAGUUUUAAUGGCAGAAAGAUGUCACUUCACAUGAAUAAACUUUUAUAUGAUUUGAUGUGCUAUUUUGAUGUUAAUUGGGCAUUAUCUUUUGAUUUUUUUUUUACAUUUAUAAAAAAAUAUUUUACCAUGUGGCAACAUGGUGUCAGUGGUAUACUUUAUUUAUAUUUUACAUUUUUGCUAAAACAGCCAAAUGUAAAGCAUGUCUUGAGGAUUUUUAUCAUAAUACAAAAAUGAAAAAAAAAGUUCUGUGGAGGCAGUGACAUUGCUUCUUGAUCAACCCUUGUAUAUCUUAUAUAAAAUGCUGUGUAAAUUAAGACAUUCAAAAUUGAUCAAGAGGACUUAAUUCACUGAAUCUAUGUGAAGCAUACUUCUAGACACAAAUAUGCUAGUGGGAUCUUAUUAUGCUUUGGUGCUAAUCUGUAUAUUUUUGGUGUUGGAUUUGUAAGAUGAAUUUUAUGAGUUGACCUUGAUUUCUUUGACUCACUUGUUUAGAUUUGACCUUUAAGGUCAUUUUUAGCUUGACUAUAUGAAGUAUAUGGAGAGCUAUCCUACUCAACCCGGCGUGGGCGUCCUUCUGCGUCCCCACCUUGGUUAAAGUUUUUUUACACUUUCUCUUUUUUCUCCUUAUCUCUGUUAUUACUUGAUGUUUUUGUUUCAAACUUAAAGUAGUUAUUCCUCAUAAUCACCCACAUCAUUGGCACAAGGGCCAUAACUCUCACACCAAUAUUUCAUGAAUUAUCCCCCUUUUUACUAAGAAUUUUAAAAGGAUAAAGUUUUGAUGCACUUUCACUACUUAAUUAUUACAAAAUGGAUUUGAUUCAAACUGAACAUAGUUGUUUCAUAUCAUCUCCCACAUCAUAUGACACAAGGUCCAUAACUCUGGUACCAAUAUUUAAUGAAUUAUCCCCCACUUUUACUUAGAAUUUCAGGUUAAAAUUUUGACGCACUUUCACUUUAUCUCAGUUAUUACUAAAUGGAUUUGAUUCAAACUUAAAAUAGUUGUUUAACAUCAUCACUCACAUCAUAUGACAUAAGAGCCAUAACUCUUGGAACAAUAUUUGAUGAAAUAUCUCCCCUUUUUACUUAGAAUUUCAGGUUAAAGCUUUGCUGCACUUUCACUCUAUCUCAGAUAUUGCAAAAUGGAUUUGAUUCAAACUUAAAAUAGUUGUUCCACCUUAUUACCCACAUCAUAUGGCGCAAGGUACAUAAGUCUUGCACCAAUUUUUCAUGAAUUAUGGCCCCUUUUACUUAGAAUUUAAGGUUAAUUUUGAUGCAUUUUCACUAUAUCUUAGUAAUUACUAAAUGGAUUUGAUUCAAACUUGAAGUAGUUGUUCCACAUCAUCACCCACAUCAUAUGACACAAACUCUUGCACUAAUAUUUUAUGAAUUAUGUCCCCUUUUUGCUUAGAAUUCUACUUACUUAGUGUUUUGAUACACUUUAUCUUUAUCUCUCUUAUAACUUAAUAUUUUUGACACAGACUCAAAUGAGAUGUGGAACCAAAAUUUGUAGUCCUGUUUGGCGCCAUAUAACCUGCAUUUGUGUUGGUGCACUGUAAAACCUAAAUAAAUAAAUAAAUAACAGACUCAAGCUAUUGUGCAAUAUCUUCAUCCGCCAUUGGAGUCAUUCAACACUCCAGUAAGAACUCCAGCUUCCUCAGAUGUGCCCAGUUUCACUAUCCAGCAUCGAAAUAGUCAAGGGCACUGUCUCCUGUGACAGCUCUUGUUAUCUCACCUGUCAUGUAGUGACAAGGUGAGCUUUUGUGAUCACCCUACAUCCGUCAUUGUCCGUCCACAAUCUCUUGUGAACACGACAGAGACCACAUUUUGCAAUAAAUUUUGAUCAAACUUGCAUACAGCUGGUAUUGGCAUAAUAUCUCAGUUCCUUUCGAAAACUGGCCAGAUCCCAUAAUGGGUUCCAGAGUUAAGGCCCCUUAAAAUUUGCUAUUUUGGCUUGUGAACAUGAUAGAGACCACAUUUUGCAAUCAAUUUUAAUUAAACUUGCACACAACUUGUAUUGGCAUAAUAUCUCGGUUCCUUUGGAAAACUGGCCAGAUCCCAUCAUGGGUUCCAGAGUUGUGGCCCCUUAAGCGCCAAAAUUUGCUAUUUUGGCUUUUGCAGCCAUAUAGAGACUUCAUUUAUGGUUUGAAUUGAUACAAACUUGCAAAAUGUCUUUAACAACAAUAGAUCCAAUUGGAUUCCAUGAUGAAUCCUAUGAUCCAAUCAUAGGUUCCGGAGCUACGGCCGCUGAUUGACCCCUGAAAGAGCCAAAAUUUGUUAAUGUUUACCUUGUGAACACGAUAGAGAUCAUAGGUUGUAGAGUUACUGCCCCUGAAAGGGGCAAAAUUUUCCAUUUUGACCCUUUUAGCCAUACAGACAGGUUUCAUUUAUGCUUUGAUUUGGUACAAACUUGCACAGAACGUUUAUGACCCUAUGUUCAUGGAACUUGGUAAGAAUGUUUAUCUUGAUGAUUCCUAGGCCAAGUUCAAAACUGGGUCAUGUGGUGUCAAAAACUAGGUCACCACUCAAAUCAAAGGAAAAGCUUUGAGGCCACAUUUAUGACCCUAUCUUCAUUAAACUUGGUCAGAAUGUGUAUCUUGAUUCCAGGGCCAAGUUUAACAGGUGAGUGAUGUAGGGUCGUCAUGACCCUCUUGUUGUACUUUAUUCAUUAGACAUCACUACUUAUAUUCCAUUUCUGAGCAGGGCUUGUUCUUCUAAUAUGGUGCUAGUCAAAUUCUGUAUGGAGAAUACACAUACCAGAUAACAUUUUACUUUGACUCAGACAUUGAAUGUUUAGUUAAAUUUCAUUUAACUUUCAUUAAAUGCACAUAAAUGAUAAUAUCACAUUUUGUGUUAAUACAAAGCUUUAAUUUAACAUAUUACGUUUUAAUGAAGUACAACAGAAAGAGACAAUUUCUGUAUCUCCUGAAUAGUUCUAGUCAUGUUACAGUGUGAGAGACUUCUUGUAUGUGUAUAAUAUUCAAAAUACAAAUAUGCUACAUACAAAUAUAACAUUAACAUUAACAGGGGUCUACAGGGCUGAGUGGUUAAGGUGGAUGACUUCUAAUCACUUGCCCUUCACCAAUAUGGGUUUGAGCCUCACUCAGGGCAUUGAAUUCAUGUGGGGAAGCCAUUCAGCUGGCUUACGGCAGGCUGAUAGAUCUACCCAGGUGCUCUUCCCCCUCUGCCCAUGAUGAAAUGAUGCAUGGAGGGGCACCUGGGGUCUUCCUCUACCAUCAAAGCUGGAAAGUCGCCAUAUGACCUAUAAAUAUGUCAGUGCGACGUUAAACUCAACAAAAAUAUAUAUAUAUAUAUAUCAUUAACAGAGUCGAGGGUGGGAAUUGAUUCCAGUAACUUACAUGUAGACUGGACAAUGUCAUAAUGUUUAUGUGAUAGAGAAAAUGCAACAUUCCUUGACAUUAAUGCCAUGACUAAGUGAGGGAAAACACGACAUGCAUGAUAAUACAAUUUGUUUCAUUCUGCGUCUUCAUUGUUGAAUCAUCAGAAUACAAACUUGGUAAAAUAGUCCCCCAAUAUUUACAAAAGGAAAGUAUUUUUUUGUUGUUUUAAAGUUGUUUUUUAUUAUUUGAUAUACAUGUGUUAUGUGCCAUAUGACUGGUAUCUACAAUAUUCAGAGAAUAGUUUUAUAAUAAAUAAAAUAUUCAAACUUG